AUGUUAGUGAAUACCUUUGAAUAUUUAUUGAUUUCACUAUUGGUGCUACUAGUGAUCAGGAUACUGGCUUGCUUAGUAGCACUGCGAUGCCAGACAUACUUUGCUAAUUUUGGACCGAUUCACGAUAUCGGAUAUAUUGUUAAUAGUGGACCCACUCUGGAUACCGGGUAUGACCGUGUUGAUGCUGGACCGUCUCCCGAUCUCGGAUUAUCUCUCAUACAGGAAGCCAAAAGCGAGUAUGUUGUCACGACUUCCAAUGUUGGCGGCUGUUGGACGUUCUGUCCUAGUGUUGUGGCCGUCUCUGGAAUUGCUGUCGUGUCUGGACUUGCUUUUGCUGCCUGGAGGAAUCACCGACGUCAUAAGAAGACCCUGAACGACCUACAGGAACAACUGGACAGUCCAUGGAAGGAGACACAAUACUGCACUGUCACGGAAGUCUUGGAUCUCGAGGAGGAAAUCGAGGAUCUCGAUGAGGAAGUCGAGGAUCUCGAGAACGAAGUCUUGGAUCUCGAGGACGAGAUCUUGGAUCUCGAGGACGAGAUCUUGGAUCUCGAGGACGAGAUCUUGGAUCUCGCGGACGAAAUCUUGGAUCUUGAGGACGAAGUUGAGGAUCUCGAGGACGAAUUCGAGGAUCUCGAGGAUCAAGUCGAGGAUCUCGAGGACCAAGAGGAAGGCUUGGACCUCAAGGAGGAAGUCGUGGUUCUCGAGGAGCAACUCGCAGAUCUCACAGAAGAACUCUUGGCCAAAACGACUGACAAGGAAAAGCUGCAGGAAGAGAACCAACGUUUGCGAAAGGGUUUGAGAAAUGCAGUUGGAGGCAUUGAACGUCUUGAAAAGUUUCUGAAGGAAAAAGCUGAAGAAGCUGUAAACGUCGUCAUGCAGAUGAAUGGCAAGAAUGCUCACAUCCAAGAUCUAAUGGUGGAGAACGAGAAACUGAAAGAAGAUCGCAAACGUUUGGAAGAAAAAUUAAGAGAAGCAGCCAAUAACAUGGAUGAUAUAGAAAGUCUUUUAAAAGAAAAAGAAGACGAAAUGGAAAGUGUUCUGAAAGAAAAGGAAUCUGUUCUGAAAGAAAAAGAAGCUGAAAAGAUAGAGUUGGUAAAUCUCCAUGAUGAACAGAUCCAAGAACUGUUGACUGAGAAGGAUAAGAUGAAAGAAGAAUGUGAAUGUUUGGAAGAUAAAUUAAGAGAUGCAGCCAACCACAGUGAGGAUAUGAAAUGGCGUUUACAAGAAAAGGAAACUGUUAAGUCCAGGUUAAUCCAUUGGCAUGAAAUACUGGUGGAGCGCCAAGAAGAACGUAUCCAAGAUUUGAUGGCCAAUGAGGAGAAAUUAAAAAACGAACAUGAGCUUCUGGAAGAAAAGCUAAGAGAGGCACUAAGUAAAUUGCAAAAUAAGGAAAAGCUGUUAGAAAAAAAUGAAGAUGAAAGAAAUAAGUUGGAGAGCGAGUAUUUCAAUCAGAUGGACCUCAAGGAUGCUGAAAUCCAAGAUUUGUUGGCUAAGGUAUGGAAAAUGAAGCUCGAAAAUCAGCAUUUGGAAGGAAGGUUAGAAGAGCUUCUAAUACAGACUGACAACAGAGAUAGUCAGAUCCAAGAUUUGUUGGAAAAGUUAGAGGGAAAGGAAUGCGAAAUAGAAGAGUUGAAAAAUACUUUUUCCAACAAGAUAGAGAACAUGAACAUUCAGAUCCAUGAAGCUCAUAAUAACCUGGAGGAAUUACAGCUCUCAUUGAAAAAGGCCGAAGAUUCAAUUUUGGAGACAGGUCUUUUGAUGCAGGAAAAGGACAGGCAGAUUGAGAAGCUUCGUCAACAGGAGCAAGAACUGCAAGAAAAGUUGCAGAAGAAGGAGAGCGAACACGAGACGUUAGCCACUCAGGGCCGGAGAAAAAUGGAAGCUGGAAAUUAUCCUCAAUACGAGAGACAGAGCUAUUGA